AUGAACUCCACUGUAUUGUGGGGCUGUGAUAUCUCAUCACCAUUGGUAUCUUCAGAUUCGAACGCUUUGUCGCCCUGCUUUAUUGCGUUUAUUCAGUUUGUUCUUAGUUCAAGCAUUGUGAUAUCGGGCUCUGUUCAGUUACUCAAAUAUUCAAAGAAGUCCACUUAUGGCAGAAUAGGGGUACUCACCCCGCAUCAGAAACUAAAGGUUACGUUGGUUGGAUUGCUUUUUAUCUUGGUGUCCAUAUUAUUCUCUAAAUGCCUUACCAAUAGUGUCUUGCUAUAUCGGGUUUCCUAUUUUACCUCCCUGUUUAAUUUGAUUAUCGUGAUUUUUCCGUUGCAUAUUUUGGAAGUGUCGAAAAGCCAUAUCCCUACAGCCACGUUGCUAUUCUAUUGGCCAUCACAAUUCUUGAUUUUUUUAGCUAUCAAUGUUCAACAAGUAUUGUCAAAACAUCAUCAAAUUUUCCCCAGAUUGUCCACUUCCGAGAGAGUAAUCUUUGUUUCUCUUCCACUUAUUUCAGGACUCAUUUUCAUUUUGGAAUACCUGCAUUAUAAGCCAAAUAAAGAAUUUUACAGCUCGACAGAUGCUGAAAAGGUCUUCCUUUCAGAACCUGAUGUCUUCUCUAAGCUGUCUUUUUCCUGGAUGAAUAAACUUCUGCAGUUGGCCUACGACCAAGGGGGGUUAGAACAACAAGAUUUGCCACCUCCACCAAGGAUUGUUUCCACCGAAUACAAUGCACCUAGAUUAUUAUCCAACUGGAACAAGGAGUUACACAAGGAAAAUCCUUCUUUGAUGCUAGCUUUGAUGAAAACAUUCGGUUUGGGUGUGCUAGGUGCACUGACGUUUGAUAUGGCGGAAUCCAUCGUUUCCUUUAUUCAACCUUUACUAUUGAGAAAACUCAUCCAGUUUUUCAAAACUGAAGACGAAAAUCCUUUGAUUAUUAAAGGAUUGACUAUUUCUAUAUUGAUGUUCCUUACGAACCUUGCAAGUACUGCCUUCUACAACCAAUACAUGAUAAUGACAGUUGAAGUUUCACAAGGUUGUAAAGCUGCAUUGAUGAACAUAAUUUACAAUAAGGCAAUGCGAUUAGCUUUCAACGAAAGGAAUAGCAGGUCUACAGGUGAUAUCAUCAACCACGUCUCUGUGGAUGUCUCGAGAAUCGAAUCAUUGGCUUCAUAUGUACAAACCAUGGUUAGUGCACCCACAAGGCUAGUUUUAUGUUUGUGGUCUCUAUAUUGGUUACUGGGAAAAUCUACAUUUAUAGGAAUCAUAACUAUGGCGAUUAUGAUCCCUUUAAACACGUUUCUUGUCAAAUCUUUAAGAUCCUUUCAUAAGGAGCAAAUGAAACUCAAAGAUAAGAGAACUAGUUUUGUUGCGGAGAUAUUGCAGAAUGUUAAAUCCAUUAAGUUAUAUGCAUGGGAGGAACCAAUGUUGGAGAAAUUGAAGAUCUUGAGAGACGAUAAAGAGUUGAGUAAUUUAAACAAAAUUGGUAUUCUGUCUGCGGGAAUAAACUUUGCUUGGACCUGUGUUCCAUUCUUUGUGUCAUGCUCCACCUUUGCAAUGUUUGCUUACAUCUCCGAUAUCCCAUUGUCUCCAGAGAUUGUUUUCCCUGCUUUGUCACUAUUUGAUUUAUUGUCCGAUCCUAUAUUUGCUAUUCCUUCAUUAAUCACUGCUCUCAUUGAAUGCAAUGUCUCUUUGACAAGAAUUGUGUCCUUCCUAAGAGCAGAUGAAAUGGAUACUGAUCUAGUGACCAAAUUACCAACCGUCAGCACUGUUGGUAAACAGACGGUGUUUAUUGAUAAUGCAACGUUUCUAUGGAACAAACCCCCACAGCAGAGAUAUAAAGAUAACGAUAACUGCGAAGACGAGGAGGAAUCUAUUGAAGGUACUAAAGCUCCCGCCUUGAGAAACAUAAAUUUCCAAGCUAAAAAAGGAGACUUGAUCUGUGUGCUAGGAAAAGUUGGAUCAGGUAAAUCUACUCUUUUGAGAUGUAUUUUGGGUGAAUUAUAUAUGGUUCCAUCACACCGUGACGUGAAGCCGACUAUUGAGUUUGCAGGCUCUGUUGCUUAUUGCUCUCAGGUUCCAUGGAUUCUUAAUGCAACAUUCAAGCAGAACAUUAUAUUUGGGCAUAAAUAUGACGAAGAUUUCUAUAAUAAAACUAUAAGUGUUUGCCAGUUACUACCCGAUUUAGAAAUUCUACCAGAUGGCCAUGAAACAUUAGUUGGUGAGAAAGGUAUCAGUUUAUCAGGUGGUCAAAAAGCUAGACUCUCACUUGCUCGUGCAAUAUAUGCCAGAGCUGAUGUUUACCUUUUGGAUGAUGUUCUGAGUGCGGUUGAUGCCCAUGUUGGACAGAAAUUGAUUGACUGUGUAUUAGGUAAGAAUGGUAUUCUAAGAUCAAAAACUAGAAUACUCUGUACUAACUCAAUCAAAGUGUUGGAUCAAGCGGAUGACAUAUAUCUAAUAAAAGACAACACUUUGGUUCAGUCAGGAUCAAUUGACAAAAUCUUGAAUGACAAAUCUAGCGAGAUUUACAAAUUAAUUCAAGAUUAUGGAUUCAAUGAAGAAUCGAAUGUUGAAAAGGGGGACUAUAAAUCAAGUUCCGAAUCUCCGACAUUAGAUGACCCUCAGCUGACAACAGAUGUAUUAGAGGAGGGUGAAUACGAAGGUGUUGGACCUCUUGGCGUUAACUUCGACGAAAAUACCGGUGAAGAACUAAUUCGAUUUGAGAAUAAAACAUCUGGUAAUCUAGAGGAGGCAGAGAUUUCGACCCUAAAAGCCGCUAGCGUGGCGUCUUACAAAGUUGUUAUUGAUGAUAUUGAAAGAAGGAUGAACCAAACUGAGGAGAAAAAGGAAAAAGGUCAUGUGAAGUGGUCGAUUUUUAAAGAGUAUGCCAAUGCCUGUUCUUAUUCAGGUAUCAUAAUAACUUUGUCAUUUGUGGUUAUCACUGUUGGUUUGUCAAUAUGCAGUAACUACUGGCUAAUGCAUUGGUCUGAAGAUAAUAUUAAGAACGGUUCCAACAAGAACGUUUUCAAGUAUGUUGGCAUUUACGCAUUAUUGGGUAUUGGAUCAGGAUUUUUCACAUUGAUUAGAGCAAUGUGCAUGUGGACACUAUGUUCAAUUAGGGCAUCUAAAAAGCUACAUUCGGAUAUGGCUAAAUCGGUCUUGAAUUCGCCAUUACAAUUUUUUGAAACCACACCACUAGGUAGAAUAUUGAACAGAUUCAGUCAGGAUAUGAGAAAAAUAGAUAGUGCAUUACCAAGAGUUUUUUCAGCGUUGUUCAGUUCGAUAGUUAAAACUAUAUUCACAUUAAUCAUUAUUGGAUACAACAUGCCAUUCUUCGUUGUCAUUAUCAUAUUCCUUUCGUUUAUUUACAGCUACUAUCAAAAGUACUACAUUAAUACUAUUAGAGAUUUGAAAAGAAUUAUGAGUAUCUCAAAGAGUCCGAUUCUUGCGCUUAUCCAAGAAAGUUUAAACGGGUGUGAUACAAUUAGAGCAUAUCGACAAAUUUCCAGAUUUUCAUUUAUAAAUUCGGCUAACAUAGACAAUAACCAAGUUUCGUCUUAUUGUUAUAAGUCAACUAACAGAUGGUUGUCCACGAGGCUACAAUUUAUUGGAUCAUUGAUCACACUAAGUACCUCAUUUUUGGCACUUAGUACACUUUAUUCUAACCACAGAAUGAGCUCUGGUCUAAUUGGGUUGAUUAUGAGUUAUGCGAUCAGGGUGACAUCCUCGUUGAGCUUUAUUGUUAGAAGAUCAGUUGAGAUUGAGAGUGAUGUUAUCUGUUGUGAACGUAUAUUUGAAUACUGCAAGUUAAAACCAGAGUGCGACGAAGAUAAAUAUAAAGAUAAAUUGAUUAUACCACCAAAUGACUGGCCAAGGGAGGGUACAAUUGAAUUCAACGACUUCUCUACAAAAUAUAGGGAGAACUUAGAUCCGGUUCUAAAGAAAAUCAGCUUCUCUAUUUUGAACAGAGAGAAAAUAGGUAUUGUUGGCAGGACCGGUGCAGGAAAAUCUUCGUUAGUAUUGUCGAUUUUCCGACUUAUCGAGCCAAUCAGUGGCAAUAUCACUAUUGAUGGAAUCAACACAAGCUAUCUUAGAUUGCACGAUUUGCGUAAGAAGCUUUCAAUCAUACCGCAAGAUGCACAAUGCAUCGAAGGUACAGUUAGGUACAAUUUGGAUCCACUUGGUGAAUACGAUGACACACAAAUUUGGGAAGCCUUACGUAUGUCAAGAUUAGAGGAGCACAUACACAAGAUGUCUAGCGAUCAAAAUAAAAUGAAAGAUCCAUUGGACUGUUUGAUUACUGAGAGUGGAGGUAAUUUAUCCGUUGGACAGCGUCAAUUGGUAUGUCUCGCACGAGUUCUACUCAAGACCCAAAAGGGGUCUCACUCGAAGGAGUGUCCUUCCAAGAUCUUGAUCUUGGAUGAGGCUACUAGUAGUAUUGACACAGAAACAGAUAAUGUUAUCCAGCAAACAAUCAGAACCAGAUGUGACCACCUGACAAUUCUUACUAUUGCACAUCGUCUCAACACAAUUAUGGACAGUGACCGUAUUUUAGUAUUAGACAAUGGUGAGAUAGCUGAAUUUGCCAGCCCAAAUGAGUUACUUUCGAACCCACAGUCUCAAUUCUACAACAUGUGUGUAGACGGUGGGUAUAUUAAUGAUGCUUGA